AUGGAUUCUGUAAAUAAUUUUAAGGAAAAAUAUCAAAUUGAUCCGUUAUACACGACGCCUACCGACAUUGGUGUAGCGGAAGACACGACGCUUACCGACAUUGGUGUAGCGGAAGACACGACGCUUACCGACAUUGGUGUAGCGGAAGACACGACGCCUACCGACAUUGGUGUAGUGGAAGACAAAAAAAAUUUUUUUAUCACGGAAUUUUCUAAUAAUCUAAUUGCCCCUGCUUGGUGCUCUUUAUCAUUUCUCUUUAUUGAAUGA